CCAGUGCAGCCACCACGACCACGCCGACCGCCGACGUAACCGGCGUUACUAGACCUGCUGUGCUCGAUGUGCCAUUCGCACUUCACACGAAAUUGAAAGACAUAUUUCGCAAGAUUUAUUCGGCUGAAAAUGUAUCGCUGACGCCGCGCUGUGCCGGUCAUAUCACGUGAAACUUGAACUGACCGCGCGGGAGACGAGACGAAGCACUUCCGCCCUCCGCCAUAUUGAUGACGUUCUCCUUUCGUUUUCCGUUUCUGGCGACUGGCGAGCACGGAUCGGCCUCGGAACUCGGAACGAGUGACGUCGCGACUCAUCGUUCAAUUGGUAAGGAACGCAGCGGACACGGGACGGGACGAAUCGGCUCCGGACUCCGGACCGAGUGACAUCGCAGCUCGUGUUUAACUGAUCAAUCUUGUAUAUAACUCCUCUGUUGUGUGAUGUAAGAAAAAGGGUUCAGAUGGAAAAACCCGAGAGGAGAAGGAGAAGAGGCCUAUGAGAGGCGUCAGGCGCUAGCGAAACAACAUUGUGAAGAUAACGACGCGGAAAGUGUCGCAUCGAAGGAGCUGAUAACGCGAGAGGACAGCCUGAGAGGAGGAGGAGGCCUGGGAGAGGCAUCGGGCACCAGCGGAACAACUUUGGGAAUCAACGUAGCUACGUGGCAGAUAUAAUUCCGCUGUUGCGCAUCGGGGUCGCAUAUUCAUUAGCCACAACUAAAAUUUAACGUUUCAACAUGAAGAUCUUGUUGAUGUUUCUGGCUUACGUGACUUUCGUGCACUGCGGCAAAUCUAAAAAGCAGAUUCACGAUCAGGAAGUGAUCGACGGUUAUGAAUUUGAGUACGCAGGUCAUAGCGCACCGUUAGGUUUGAUCGAGUCAAAUACUCAUUAUGUUGAAGCUGCGCCUGUCGUAGCAGUCGCUGCGAGUGGUCAUCGUUCGAGUCAUCUUAUCCGACCUGGUUACAGCGUGGGUGGCCCUUUGGCCAGUAUAGCGAAAGGAGCCGCUGACCAAGCUCACACACAAUUGAAUCAACAACCAUCGGCCGCUGGACAGGCAGCAUACGUAGCCAAAAACACUCUGGCUCAAGCGGCAGCACAAUCCGCGGCAACUGCCGCUGCAGCCCUAGCCGGCAAGCAAAUUAUAGUGAUGGGUCUAGAACAGCAGUCGAGGGACGCACAUGUAGCGGUCGACGGUGAAAAGCAACAAUUGCAACAAGCUCAAAGGGCGGCCUCAUCUGCGAAAAACGCAGCGCAACAGGCGAUGCACCAAGUGCAGGUCAUCACCACGGCGUUGAACGCCGCACAGGCGACUGCCGAACAUGCUGCACAAGCGGCAGCCGAGGCUGCAGCCGAGCUGGCGGCGCAAACGACGAUGGUGGGCCAGGCUAAGGCACGUGCUGAGGCGAUCGCCGAGCAACUCGCGGCAGCACGUUUGGACUUUGAAACGACUCAGGCGGCAGCGCAAAAAGCCGCUAACGCCGCUCAAGCUGCACAGAGCAAUGCCGCAGCCGCGGCCGCACACGCGGCUAAUACCGCGGCCGCGGCUGCAGCGGCAAAUCACCCAGCCUCUUUGCAUGAUGACGAACCGCUCGGUUUAAUAAACGCCCUGCCUGUAGAUGCCUACGAAUAUAAGAGUUAUCACCUCUAAGAGAGGAGAGAGAGAGAGAGAGGGAGGAGGGAGAGAGAGAGAGAGACUCGUGACAACCGCGCUCGUGUUUCCUCCCUUUGCAAGUGUACUUGCCUGGCAAUACAGCGCGCAACGGCGCUCAAGCCAUCUUUUUCCUUUUCUAUUCUAUGAGACUCAGCGAUCGUAUGUCACUGUGUUCACGUGCCAGACUGCACAAUAAAAUAUUGUUGCCAUUCUCUGAACUCUCUGUGUAUGUGUAUACUCGUAUUACUCAUUCUCUUCCCUUCUCGAAGAAUAUCAUUUAAUCCUAUUCUUCAGUCGUCUGGAUUUUCUAAUGACUUUCUGACAAAUUCAAAUUUAACUUUUUCUUAAUCAAUAUUUAAUCACGCAGAUGUUUGAUUUGAUUAUAUAGAUCAGUUUAUCUAGCAUUGACAGUUAAUAAAACUUUGGCAAAUUCAAUUAAAAAUACAGUACGUCAAUAUAAAUAUAUAAU